AUGUCAUCGAUAUUCAAAGCACGCACGGGAUACACCAGUGGGCCGGUCGUGAAGUCCAAUUACCCCAGUGCUGAAGAGCUCACCAAGAACAAACACUACUGUGUGUCACGAUUGCCAGGAUUACCCAAUGUUUUCAAGACCACAUCCUUUUCCAAUGCAUAUUCAGAUGCUGAAUCCAAUUACGCAGUCGUUAUAAGUGAUGACUCAAUCUACGUGUGGUGCUACAAAUCAGUUGAUGCAUCUCCAUUUUCCAUCCACUUCCCCAUUGACAAAUCAUUGUUUAAAUUGCCAGUGGCUAUUUUAACCCGCCCAUCUAGUGGGACAGACCAAGAUCCAGGUAUUGUAAUGGUAGAUUCACUUACUGGGCUCAUUAAGUUUUAUGAAAGCGUUCAACACGCGCCAACUUUGGGAUUGAUUAACGACAAAUCAUUGGAGUUGCAAAUAGAUCUUCAACCAAAUGAGUAUAUAACAUUAGUUGAAAAUGUCGAACCUGCCGGCAUAGCUGUAGCAACUUCACUACAGAGAUGUAUCCUCAUCUCCCUCAGGGACUACAAGAGCAAGCCUCAUUUGUCCACGAUAGAAUUGACCAACCCACAUAAUGGAUUCCUUUCGAAAAUUUUCAGACAUAAUGGUGGUGAUGUUGUCGCGAUCCGGUCAGCCAGCGUGGGAAAUAAUGACACAUCACAGGUUAUUCUUAUCUUGGAUUCAGUUGGCACGUUGUACUCAGUCACUUACUAUUUGUUAUCGUCAACGACAGCCCCAUAUGUUGACAAGUCCUCAUCAUUUAAACAAACGUUGUCUAUCGAUCCAGAUACCUAUCCUGGAAGCGGAACUUCUGCAAAAUUCUUGGACAUUUGGCCAAUGAAAGAUGAUAAGUACUUUCUUGCUUUGGUGCGAUCGAGUGGUGCUUUAUUGCUAGCAACGUUCCGCGCCGACAAGUCUGGUGCGCUAUACUACGGCUCCCAUCAAUUGAAAGCCAGUGGCGACAUAACCACACCAAGACUAUUUUUACCUCGGCCAGGAAAAACUGCGUUUGUCAUUAUCGGCAACUCCGUUAUCAUCACCGAUUUGGAUACAUCCUACAUAGAACCGAAGAACACCUUUACAUAUACCAAACCUCGCUGGGAAGAUGUCAUUAGAUUCAAUCCUGCAACAAAUGUCAUUGGGUAUGGAUAUGAAAACCAAAGUGUGGUUUCAAACCCUUCCAUAAUCGUGAUUACAGAAAACUACGGGAUUUUGCGCGUGGAAAAGUUUCCCGCAACUUCUCAAAAGGAGAUCAAUUAUGAUCCUGCGUUGCUUGUAAUGUCACACAUUGAACAAGCAAUAUUUUUUUCCGAUUCCAAAGAGAUUGAUUUUGAUUUGGUACAAAACGUUGAUAAAGCAACGGUGCAUAAUGCCGUUAUAUCCAUUAUUGAAGAAGUUAUGACUUCGACAUCGCCGUAUUUGCCUGACGCACUUCCGGUGACAACAGACUUGACUCAACUCAAAGUAAAGAUCUUGACUGAAUUAAUUGCUUAUUGCCAAAGGAAUUUCCCCAACGACACACCUAUGAUUGCUGAAGCAGUCAAAAACUUGGAAAAGACAAAUUGUGCUUUGAACUUGUGGAGAUAUAUUGAUGCAAACAAAUCAUACAUGGACGAGUUUAAAAAAAUCAAACCUGACCCAAGACAAUUUUUUAUUUCAGAGAUUGCUAGUAUAGUUGAGGUGUUGACUUUGUAUCUCAGAAAACUCGAGCAAACCGCUCUUUCGACUACUUCGUUGGUGGUAACUACCAUUUAUGAUGGUGUAUAUUUGAACAGCGUGAGGUAUAGUGAUAAAAUUGGCAAGUCGUGGUUAUUUGAUACCGAUUUAAUCAGGAAUAUUGAGUCACAAUUUACUCAAGCCUUUGUCACCGGCGAUGACAAUGAUAAGUACGAUGCAUCUUGCAUUGUUCAAAUAUUGUAUUAUUUCUUUACCAAUGCUAUCAAGUUCACAAAGGAGCACAAGAUUGACAGUCAAUAUGAAGAGUAUACCAAUUUAUACAAUGAAAAGAAGAAUGGUUGGACCACUGCGUUGUUAAAAUUGGGAUUGGUUAAAGAAGCAAUGGUGAUUUCUGAAAAGUACUAUGAUUUUGCGUCACUCGCGAGGAUAUUGGCCACGGAAAGAGAGACAAAGCCAAUUGAAGAAUUAAACUAUGGAUUUUACUUUGAAGAAUUUGGGUAUCCUUUUGCUGCCAGCGUUUAUGAGUAUUACAUCAAAAGCGGUGACAUUCAAAGAUUGUUACUAGAAUUCACCAAUUACAAGCCUUUCCUCUUGCAGUUUUUCAAAGAAAAUCCUAAAUUGACAUCCAAUGUAUCAUGGAUACGAUACUUGAUCGAUGAAGACUUUACCCAGGCAUCAAAAGCUUUGGGAUUAGCGGAAUCAUACAACACUGAGCUGGUUGAUAAUCAACUAACACAACUUUCCUUGGGUAAGUUGUCAGCAAUUGCUGCUGGAACAAGCACAGUUAAGAAGUUUGAUGAUGAAUUGUUGAAAGUUCGUUAUCAGAUUAUGAUUCGAGAUGCAGUAGCGGGGCAUGGAAGAAUUGCUGCUAUUAAACAGACAAAUUUCGUUAAUCAAUUUAUCAACACAAACAUUAACAAGUCCGAUGCUAAAAACUUAGCAGCUAAUGCGUUUGAUGCGUUAUCAGUCAACUAUCGGUUAUCCGAGCUGUUAUUAAUUGAGUUGUUGACGAUCAUUGAACCCAAGUUUUUGAGCAAUGAUGGGUUUUUGUAUGCUUUGAAAGUAGCACAAACAUAUUCCAAUGAAGAGGUUGUUAACGCAUAUACCAAUAUUAUAUUAUUACGUCUAUUAACAUUGGCUACUAAAGCUGACCAUGCAACUGAUGGCACUGACGAAGAGAUAAAGCAUGAGGUUGAAUCAAGUAUAUUGUUCAAGACACUUUUGAAACAGCCACAUGCCAUUACUCAAUUGAACCAGCUUUUGAAAAAUCCCGAUUUCAACGGCAACACGUAUCAACCCUUGCCUAAAUUCAACCAGAAGUUGGUUGAUGAGUUGAAAAAGCGUCUUGGCAAUAAAUCUUUCAAAACAUGGGUGCACUUGGUUGAAGAACAAGCCAAAAUUAUUUUGAUUUAG